GAUCAGAGCGCAGAGAGGAGCAGAAGGGGCGCAGAGAGGAGAGGAGGGAAUGUGCCAGUGGAGAGGGGCACCGGGGGCUCCAUUUACUCACUCGCUGUAGAGAACCGGGGGGAAAGUUUGGGGCAGUGAUCAGUGUUCGCCCCCGACUCAUGGCGUGACCCCCGGGCAAGAUGUGGCGGAGUUUAGCGCUGAUCUGGAUUCUGCUCCAGGAGCUCGGGGCACAGACGCAAAUUCCCACCGACACGGUUAAAAUCUGGGCUGAUGCAUUCGGCGGGGAGGUGUAUUCCUUGGUCACCAGGUACUCCGGGUCCCUCCUCUUGCAGAAGAAGUACAAGGACGUGGAGCCGACACUAAGCAUCGAGGAAGUGGACGGACUCGAGCUGGUGAAGAAAUUUUCGGAGGAGAUGGAAAACAUGCUACGAAGGAAAGUCGAGGCCGUGGAGAGGCUGGUAGAGGCUGCAGAGGACGCUGAUUUAAAUCAUGAGUUCAACUCAUCUCUGGAGUUCGAGUACUAUAAUUCCGUGCGGAUCAACGAGAAGGACGAGAAUAAUAAUUACGUGGACCUCGGGAACGAAUUUAUUCUCGAGACCAACGAGCAUUUUAAUAACCUCCUGGUUAACACGUCCCUUAGCAACAUCCAGCUACCGACCAACGUGUAUAACAAAGACCCCUCCAUUCUCAAUGGCGUUUACAUGUCUGAAGCCCUCAACCCUAUCUUUGUGGAUAAUUUCCGACGGGACCCCACCCUCACCUGGCAGUACUUUGGCAGUUCCGCUGGCUUCUUCCGGCUUUAUCCAGGCAUCAAAUGGGUUCCUGAUGAAAACGGCGUAAUUUCAUUUGACUGCCGGAAUCGUGGCUGGUACAUCCAGGCAGCCACGUCUCCCAAGGAUAUCCUCAUUGUUGUGGACAUCAGCGGCAGCAUGAAGGGUCUGAGAAUGACCAUCGCCAAGCACACAAUCAGCACCCUGCUGGACACGCUGGGGGAGAAUGAUUUUGUGAAUAUCAUUGCUUACAAUGAUUAUGUGCAUUACAUUGAACCGUGUUUCAAGGGGAUCCUGGUGCAGGCAGAUAGAGACAACAGAGAGCAUUUCAAGCAAUUAGUGGACGAGUUACAUGCCAAAGGUGUGGGCACUGUCAACAAAGCUCUUAUUGAAGCCUUUAAAAUCUUGAAGGAGUUUCGUGAAGCAGGUCAGGGUGGGCUGUGCAACCAGGCAAUUAUGCUGAUUACAGACGGCGCCGUGGAAGAUUAUGAGGCUGUGUUUGAAAAGUACAACUUUCCCGACAGAAAGGUGCGGCUUUUUACUUAUCUCAUUGGGAGAGAGGUCACAUUUUCCAGAAAUGUAAAAUGGAUUGCAUGCAACAAUAAAGGUUAUUACACCCAAAUCUCGACUCUGGCUGAUGUCCAGGAGAACGUAAUGGAGUACCUACAUGUACUGAGCCGACCCAUGGUCAUCAACCAUGACCAUGACAUAAUAUGGACAGAGGCCUAUAUGGAUAGUGCGCUGCCCCAGUCUGAGGAGCUGUUUGCCUCUCAGGCGCAGAGUCUCCUGUUAAUGACCACGGUGGCCAUGCCGGUGUUCAGCAAGAAGAACGAGACCAGAUCAGAGGGAAUCCUCCUGGGAGUGGUGGGAUCUGAUGUGCCCCUGAGAGAGCUUCUGAAGUUGGCGCCCAGAUAUAAGCUUGGUGUCCAUGGAUAUGCCUUCCUGAACACUAACAAUGGCUACAUCCUCUCUCACCCCGACCUACGGCCUCUGUACAAGGAAGGCAAGAAGCUCAGGCCCAAGCCCAACUAUAACAGCGUGGAUCUAUCAGAAGUGGAGUGGGAAGAUAAGGAUGAAAUUCUUAGGACGGCCAUGAUUAAUGGAGAGACGGGCUCUCUGACAAUGGACGUAAAGGUCCCAGUGGAUAAAGGGAAGCGAGUGCUGUUCCUGACCAGUGACUAUUUCUACACACAUAUAGAUGACACCCCAUUCAGCCUAGGGGUGGUCCUGUCCAGAGGGCACGGGGAGUACAUCCUUAUUGGCAACACGUCGGCAGAAGAAGGACUCCAUGACCUUCUCCAUCCAGACCUCACUUUGGCCAAUGAGUGGAUCUACUGUAUCACAGACAUAGACCCCGACCAUCGCAAGCUCAGCCAGUUAGAGGCAGUGAAGAAGUUUCUGACCGGCGAGGAUCCGGAUCUGGAAUGUGACCAGGAGCUGGUGCAGGAGGUUCUGUUUGAUGCGGUGGUUACUGCUCCGCUAGAAGCUUAUUGGACUCAACUGGCCCUUAAUAUGUCAAGCCGAGACGAAGGCAUAGAGGUUGCAUUUUUGGGGACACGUGCUGGACUCAUGAGGAAGAACCAGUUUGUCAGCAACGAGAAGCUCACAAACAAAAAGUUCCUGCAGUACGAGGAGAAGGAGACAAUAUUCACCAUGGACCACUUCCCUCUGUGGUACAGAAGAGCCGCAGAGCAUCCCGCAGGCAGCUUUGUGUUCCACAUACCCAUGGACGAUAACCCAGACCACAACCCCAGCGACAACGACAUCUCUGAGCCCUCAGGGCAGCCGCGUGGGUCGGAUGAACAGUCCAAUAAGGAAUCGGGGCGCAGACCGGAGGUGGUGACAGUGAGUACCUCCGUAUCCGUCACGGUGCACAGCAAGACGGCCAUCGCUGCAGCUGUCGGGGUCCAGAUGAAGCUGAGCUUACUCCAGAGCAUCUUCUGGAAGACAACUCGUCAGCCUAACGACAGCGACUGCCAGAAUGUGGAGGGUCUCUGCCCACUGAGCUGCGAAGAUGAGACCUUGCAGUGCUACUUGAUAGACAACAACGGGUUCAUUGCGAUAGCCAAGGACCAAGACAAGAUUGGACUCUUCCUCGGGGAGGUUGAAGGCUCACUGAUAUCCCAACUCCUGAACAUGGGCAUUUUCCGACAGGUGAAGCUGUAUGACUACCAAGCAAUGUGUAAACAUCCAUAUAACUAUCACAGCGGAGCACGGAACCUGCUCAAUCCUCUCGUUGCUUUGAUGUCAGCUGCACAGUGGUUCCUAAGUAACCUGGUUCUCUUCUUCCUAGAGUUCAGUCUGUGCCCCUUCUGGGCUGCUGAUAACACGGUACAAGCCAAGUCCUUCUUCCAUCACUCUCACAAGCACAAGAAACAUGACAUCCUACAGCCGUGUGACACCGAAUACCCAGCAUUCACACACGAGACGUCCAUCCAGGAGGCCAAUGGGCUCAUCGAUUGCGGUGAAUGCCAAAAGAUGUUCGUCUUUCAACAGAUUAUGAACAGUAAUCUCCUCCUCUUGGUCACUGACGCCACCUGUGACUGCAGCACCUUCCCCCCUGUCUCCCUACAAGCCAAAGAAGUCAAAUAUAACGCUUCAGUGAAGUGUGACCGAAUGCGUUCGCAGAAGUUACGCCGGCGCCCGCAGUCCUGCCAUGCUUUCCACCCUGAGGAAAAUGCCCAGGAUUGUGGGGGGGCAUAUGGAAUCUCCCCGACGCUCACGUUGCUCCUCGCUGCUCUGGCUGUCUCGCUCUGGGAACUGGAUCCUUCCUGAUGCCCGGGGGGGGGUACCCCAGAAGAAUAUCUCCGAGUACCAUCAUUUCUCCAGGGGUAUUUUAUCUGAAGGGGCAGAGACUGAUUAUCUAUGCAAUCCCAAGACUGACCAGCAGCUCCUGAGAGACAUUGAACCCCAGUUCCUUGAGUUCCUGCGGGUUUUGCAUAUUGGUCGUGGCACUUUAAGAGGUUGGGCGGCAACAUGAGCCACAUGGUGAGGAUUCUGACUCUCACCCACCGGGGGCAGAAGAAACAGCAAGUCUCAUAAUUCAAAGUCCUCUGCCCAGCAGCAUUUCUGCUCCAAUAAUACAGGGUUUCUAUAGCCAUAUUCUCACCUGUCCUAUCAGUGACUCUGCCUGAUUGUAUUCAAUGUAAGUGACGGGAAACCUAUCCGUUUUGUUACCCCCGAUACAGAAUAAGGGCUGUUUCUGUGCAACAAUGGCUCCCGGAUUCGGCACUGCAUCUUGCGACUCAGCCGGUUCUCUCAAGGUUGCCUCGUCUUCUUUAGGACUGUCUCGUUUCUAUAUUUAUAAACUGCUUUAAUAAAAUCUCAUCUGAAAAGAAA